CAUGCAUCCGGUUGGGUUGCAAAAUGAGUUGGAUUCGGGGCCAGCGUCUGUUUCCCCAAAUAAAAGUCAAUCUGAGAGGCAUGGGAGUCGGAAAGAGUAGUCAGCGUAGAAAUAGUGAAUUACCAGCAGAGAAGAUGGCUCACAGUAUCUCAUACGUAACAGGCUCCGAGCUUCUCUCUCUCAAACGCCAACCAACCAUCGCCAUCGUUGAUGUGAGAGACGAUGAGAGGAGUUAUGAUGGUCACAUAUCCGGUUCUCUUCACUACGCAAACGAUGGUUUCUCCCAAAACAUCUCCAAGCUUCUUCAAGAAGUUAAAGGCAAAGACACCCUCGUCUUUCACUGCGCUCUAAGUCAGGUUCGAGGCCCAAGUUGUGCUAGGAAGCUUGCCAAUUAUCUCGAAGAGAGCAAGGAGGAUGUUGGGAUAAAGAACAUCAUGGUCUUAGAACGUGGCUUCAAUGGGUGGGAAGCUUCUGGCAGACCUGUUUGCCGCUGCAAUAAUGUUCCUUGCAAGGGGAGUGAGUGUGCUUAAUCGAAGACAUCUUUGUGGCUGGGAAUUGGGAUGGAAUCAUGGAAGUCUAUUGUCUUUCCUAUGUUAUGUAUCUGCAAACAUUUGUAUACUAAAGAAAAUGUAUGACUACUAUAAUUACAUUACCAUAUAAAUCAUAGGUAAGCUGAAUAUCUAAUUACUGUUUCGUCCAUCACUUUAUGGUUAAAGAAAUCCUUGAUUGGAGAUUGGCAAGAAUAACAAAGAUACUCAUUUUCUUUAUGAA